AUGAGUGGGAUCUGCUCUUGGGAAAACAAUGGCACAGGCGAGUCAGCGCAAUCAUGGACCACAAGAGUGAAACCCUGGAUCAGGGACAUCACCAAAGCCCGCGAGGGAGUCCUCAGACGGCCACGAGAUCGAGUGACCGCACCAAGCACUUUCAUCACUUACCACUUGCACCAAACAGGUCUACUUGCUUAUGGCGAUGAGAUGUUAAGUUCACAGCUUCUGCGGAUGCUUCAAGCCACGAAGAACCGCUUGCUCUCUCCUUCCCUGGCACAUAUUCCUAUACGUAUACGGCAAUACCGCAUCCGACCAAGACGCCCUACAUCGCACCCGUGCAAUUACAAGAUGGACGCUGCCAUAGAUCUCAACAACAUGAACGCAGCCAACACGACCGACGUUCUUUCCCAGCACGUCCAGGAAGAAGGACAUGGAGGUCCCACUCGUCCAUUCGAGCUCAUAGCCCGCACCGACUGGAUGAGAUUAAUGUACCACACAACCUCUCAACGCGGACCGACACCCCCAAGCAGGGAAUAUCUUUUACCGCGGGUAGACAACAUUGAUGAAUUCAUGGAGUGGCGGGAAAGUUUUGUUCAACGAACCAUAUACUUCGACAAUUGGUUUCUUCAAUUCAUUUACAGCAUCUUUGACUUCUUCCGCCUCCAAUAUCGCAUCUUGGUCACUCAUUGGAGUGAAUACUCAAGAUGGGAGAAAGAGCGUAUCAAGAAUCCUUGGGGAAAUUGGGAGGGUCAGAUUGGAUUUCAAGACGAUUCCCCUGACCCUAAAUGGAGGGCUAAACUUGUCGUGGAAGUGAAGGAUAUAAACGGGAUGGAUAUGGGGUUCCUAAUUCAUCAAGAUCAAGCCGUCUGGUCAUGGAGAACCGAGCCACCACACGCGGCUUCCUUUUGGGAUCAACCAAGACAUCAGGAUGUGAUGAGCUUUCGGGAGGCAGGUAGCAGUCUACAAACAAUAAAUGAUACUCCAGUCGAUAACAUCGUUCCUGAGUUUUCUGCUUGUUGUGAUUUCGUGAACUCUUCUCUAUCCCCAACCACGUCAGAACAAUCAAGACUCACAAUCGAUACGUCUGUGGGCUCUGCCCACAACCGACCAACCUCCACCCCUUCGACCGACCACCCCCCCGUCUUCUCUCCCGCUCAGCCUCCCUCUUCCAGCACCAGUGUUGGGGCUCCCGUCCUCAUCAUCCACGUCCACCGCCCCGCCUCCCUCCGCGACACCCUCCGCCAGUGGCUUCGGCCUUUCCUCGCCUUCCUCCCCCCUUUCGUAUCCGUCGUGGUAUACCGACAACUCCUGGACCAGCCGCUAUCCCUGGUGUUUUCUGUUUUUGCCCUUUGGGUUUGCCUGGUCAACUGUAGACGAAAGUAUAGCAGCAGACUGGUGGCUAUCCCCUGGCAAUACUGGACAAACGGCCAAACUUUAUCCUCUGGUAAUACUGUCUGUCUGAGCUUCAAACGAGGACAGGAGAUCGGCUUUUAUACUCCCGACCGGCUGGCCUCAGUGCCAAACUGCGUAUAUGCCUGGCUGAUCCAAAGCCCAUGGAAGCCUCUGAAAAAGAAGAGAAGUUUAUUGGCGGGAGCUUUCAAUCCUGGUUGCUAUGCCGUUCCUACAUCAGAUAUUGAGACCGGCGUUAUCUGUGGCUCUUCAUGUUCAGUCUUGGUGCCGACAUCGAUAUCCGCCUUCAAGAUGAGACUCAGAAUCUACUGCAUCACCAGUCUUUUUGUACUCAAUGUUGGCGUUCAAAUUGACCAUCUCUCUCGGACGGCCUCUAUUUCAGCCUCUACUCCAGCCUUCUACUCGACUACCGCCACGCCAUACGGCUUCCAUAUCUGCUUCUGCGGCGGCAGGAUCAGACAGAAAUGCCAGAUGUUGUUCUCUGACACUCUCCUACCGAUUUGGCCGGACAUUGUGUCCACCAGCAUUGGUAUAUUGAGCUCGAGAACACCGUGCUUGUCGCCUCUUCUUGCGCUCAUGGUCAGCCUUGUUGAGAGAAUUACACCUGCUCAUGCGAAGGCUCAAUCACCAAGGGAGACAAUCUCCAUCUUACUUGGGGGACUUGGCCAGCAGUCAUUCCUCCUUGACAUUGGGGAUCGAACUCGGUGGUCACUACGCCUACCUAUCCUCAGAAUAUCCAGCACACCCGCCCUUCGGUCUUCUGGCACUCACUGA